CAUUCAUACUCUGUUUUAAUCUUCACAGUACCGGUUGAUUAAGUUCUGUUUGUGAUUUCAUCAAUUUUGGAAUCUGGGAUUUAUCUUCUCCAAUUCGAGCUUCUGGGAUCAUUGGGUUAAUGGAAUUUUUGAAUAUUAUGUGACUUUGUUAUGCUCAAGUCUCUUGUAUUUCGUAUUUUCUCUUAGGUGCUGUUCGUUACUUCAUUCAGAUGAUCCAUCUGAAUGGAGAUGAGUUAUGAUGUUCGUUUAUAACAAUUUUACAGAGCAGUGAGAUGAACCAGUUGGAUGAUUUUUAUUAAACUCAUCCAAAAAAUGAUCAUUUUCCGACUGAGUCUGAUUGGAGCAGUUGACUGGAGCUGAUUCAGUCUAAAAUAUAAAAUGACCUAAAUACCCCUAUCUAAGUUGGAGAAUUACACCAAAAAACCUAAACCUACUUCUCAUCAUUCUAACCACGACAAAGACUCAAGAGAGCCAUCCUUCGACAAAGUGAGAAGAGAAACGAGAUCUUCGUCGGAUCUCUUCGCAGCUGGAUCUCUCCGCCGGAUCUCUCGCCGGAAUCCACUCCUCUUUGAUCUUCUCACUCCACUCCACUCGUCUUUGAUCUCUCCGCCGGCUGUCUUCUUCUCUCUCGUGCGUGGGUUUGAAUUAGCUGCGACCAUUGUUUGAGAGUCAUUGAAAUCUCGAAGUGGGUUUCAGGUGUUACGGAUUGAAAUCGCUGCAACCACUGUUUGAGAGGGACAACUCAAAAACAAUGUCAACUAUCGAGGGUAGUGAUAAUUUGAGCACGUUGACAAAGGAGACGAUCAAAAUUGAGAGGCUCUAAUGAUAUCGGGGCGGAAGUCUUGUCCCAAAAUGUCUAUCAGGAGGCCUCAAAUCCCUCGGCUUCUUCUCCAAAACGUCUCUUGCAUGAGAAACGCGCAGCAGAUUCUAAGACACGUGAAUGUAUCUCUUCAUGACGGUGGUGCACUUGUCUUAACUGGAACAAAUGGAUCCGGUAAAUCGACAUUCUUGAGAAUGUUAGCUGGAUUCUCAAAACCCUCUGCAGGAGAAAUCCUUUGGAACGGUCACGACAUCACACAAUCAGGAAUUUUCCAACAAUACAAACUCCAACUCAACUGGAUCUCUUUAAAAGACGCCAUCAAAGAGAGAUUCACAGUACUCGACAAUGUCCAAUGGUUUGAGCUUCUCGAGAAUAAAAUCGGCAAAGCUCAACCCACAUUGGAGCUAAUGGGUUUAGGGAGACUGGUGAAAGAGAAAUCGAGAAUGUUGUCCAUGGGUCAGAGGAAAAGGUUGCAACUUGCAAGGCUCCUCGCUAUCGACAGACCGAUAUGGCUAUUGGAUGAACCAUCUGUUGCUUUGGAUGAUGAAGGAGUUAGAUUGCUCGAGUAUAUUAUCGCAGAGCAUAGGAAAAAAGGAGGGAUUGUAAUUGUCGCAACUCAUCUUCCUAUCGAGAUUGAAGAUGCUAUGAUCUUGAGGCUUCCUCCUAGAUUUCCAAGGAAAAUGACUUUGAUUGAUAUGCUUGAUCGUGCAGACAUUUCUUAGUAGAGAAAUCAAAGAGAUUUUAUAUUUAAGAGAGUUUUAUCUCGUGUAAUGGAAUGUUAGUUUCUCAAGCAAAUUUGGUUAGUGGAGUUUAGUAAA